GGUCUUGCGGCAGCCACGAAUGCCGUUCGCAUGGCAAACAUCGCCAAGUUUUACGAGAAACUACCCAAGGGACCAGCACCUGAUCGAGCACCGGCUGGACCGCUAGGCUGGUAUCAAGCGAAAUACUUUGGAAAGAAUCCCUCUGCAGCUCCCAUCUGGCACCUUAUUUUCACACUCGUGGCCAUGGGAUACAGCAUGGAGUACUAUUUCCACCUUAGUACGUGGUCUGAACGGCCUCUA